AUGGAUACCUUAAAAUCAGGUUGGACACCUUAUGUUUAUUACACAACGCUUUACUCUAUCCCACGCUAUACUAUAUUUAUUCGAAUUUAUUGGGGACAUUUUUUAGAAAGGUGGGAAAAUCAGAGUAGGAGACUCAUGUGCAAGGAAAAUGGUUGAAUACAGCGUUUAGCACCGAAGUACAUUGAUUAGGGCUCAGUACUGUUUUAAAAACGGUUAGCUUUCAAUGAUGUUUUGAUCAAUGCCAUGUAAAGUACGUUAAAAUUAACCGGUGUCUGCAGUUAGGCCUUGAUGGUGUAGUGGAUACGGAUGUGGAAUAUAUACACUCGGGUUCAAGUCCUAAAUACUACGUACUGUUUUCUUUCUUCUCUUAUUUACUUCCUUAAAUUAUAAGAAUUCUACCAAGUAUUUUGAUUGAAGAUGACAAUCUGACUUUAGGGUUUCCUUUCCAGUCACAGCCGUGAUGUAUUUUCUUGUAAUCUUCACAAAUUGUUAUGUACAUACGUUAUGUGCGGAGCGUCCGCUCGCGCAAAGCGUGCGAAGCGGAACCUCCAUUGCUAUAGCAAUUGGAAACCCAUCUAUGUGAUAUAAAUAUAUACAAGAAAAUUUGUUAAUGACGUCACUCCGCCCACCCGCCCGCCGGUACAGACUAUGUAAGUUAGGGAAGGGGAGACUCUAGUAAGAAGGGAAGGGGAGGCCUUGCGUUUGCAUUGGCGUGUAGAAUUGACCAGUUUAAAGUCAACAAGUAGAUCUACCCAAGUAAAUUAAACGGGUACGAUUUACAACAGAUUUCUUAUUACCUCAAAAUCCGCCUGUCUUUCAGCGAACGCGCCCGAGUCGGACAGGAAAGACUUGUUAUCAGAGCUUGAAGUGAUGAAGACAUUGAACCCUCAUCCAAACGUCAUCAAACUUCUGGGGUGCAUAACUGAAUCUGGUAAAUUACCCAAAAUAUACUGAUUGGCAUUUCAUUUUACUGGUCUGUACCUUCAUUAUGGUUUCAAAAGUGGAUCAACUGUUUCGGUAUUUGAUAAUUUUUUUUCUAUUAAAUUCAGCAAUGGUCUUGGUGUUCUUAGGUCUGACCCAAAUAAAUACUGAUAGUUUUUGCAUGUUUUAAAUCACAUAAUUUAUGAAAUAUGGACUUUCCAGGCCAUUCCCUUUGGGCUGUACAUUACUUCUCUCUGAGAAAGAAACACUUAUAUUUCAUUUUACUAAGAACCCAUGUUGGUAUUGAUCGAGUAUGUCCCAUAUGUAGAUCUCCUUGGUUACCUGAGAGAGAGCCGUGGACUCAAUGACACUUAUUACAACGAUCCAGACAUCAAACCACAAACAAGUCUGAUGCCACAGCAGCUGAUGAAAUUUGCUUGGCAAAUAGCUGAUGGAAUGAGUUACUUGUCAACGAGAUCUGUAAGUUAGAUUCCUUAAUAAUUGCCAUGGUAUAACGCUGUUUCUUUCCUUCUGAAGUACGUAAAAGUGAUGUAAGGGGUGACCUAGCGUUCUUAGCCAAGCCUAAGAGCGAAGCUACUUCUCAGAAAACUAACCGUUACACGCGCGGUGGGCUUCCUAAAGCCUGGUUUUCACUCAAGCAUAAGCAUAAGCGCAAGAAAAACGGACAAGUUCGUUCUUCUUGUGCGUGUGCUUAUGAUUAUAUCGUAGCUUUCACUAGUGAAAACGGGGUCGACAUAAGCACAAGCAUAAACACAAGGACGUGGACCAAUCAUAGGCCACUUUGACCCAGACCUCAUGCGAACAUAUCAUGCGAACAUAUCAAAAGCAAUAUGGCGGACGAGGCGUCCAACAUUACAAACAGUUUAAAGCACCAUAAUGGUUGACCGAAAAGAGUCUAGAUUAACUAGUACAACCACCAACCUCGUAAAAAACUAAAUACAGUGUGUUCUUCUAUAUGUUAUCGUGACCUUGCCGCUCGUAACGUUCUGGUGGGACAAAAUGAAACUUGCAAAGUGACAGUCUUUGGAAAUUCGAAUGGCCAGGGAUGUCCUGGAAGAAAAUAUUUAUGA